ACAACAGCCAUCGAUGCCGACACGGAAAGGACAACAACGAAGGCUACGUAUCAUAUCCCUGCAACAGCCCUCGCUGCCAACUUAUAUUCGCUCACCACAAGCACUUCAUACUGCCUUCUACGGGUCUCACUUCACUUACGUCUUCACUUCGGUCGCUCGGAAAUAAGUACAAGCAUCAUGACGUCUUCUCGCAAGUUCUUGGUUGGAGGAAACUGGAAGAUGAACGGCUCCAGGCAGCUCGUGGAAACCCUGGUCAAGGCCUUGAACGAGGGCUCCUGGUCCAACAACGUCGAGUGCGUGAUCGCUCCCCCAUCACCCUACCUGCACCAGGUCCGCAGCACUCUCCGCUCCGAGGUCGGCGUCUCUGCCCAAAACAUCUGGACCGAAGCCAAAGGCGCCUACACCGGCGAAAUCAGCCACGAGAUGCUCACGGACCUAUCCAUCAAGUGGGUCAUCCUCGGGCACUCUGAGCGACGCGCCAUCUUCAAAGAGUCCGACGAGCUGGUCGGCAAGAAGGUCGCCAACGCCGUCAAGGCCGGUCUGAACGUCAUCGCCUGUUGCGGAGAAACGGAGGCCGAGCGCGAUGCGGGCAACACCACCGAGGUCGUGUUCAGGCAGAUCAAGGCCAUCGCGAGCCAGCUGUCCGCUGCGGACUGGAGCAAGGUCGUCAUCGCCUACGAGCCUGUCUGGGCCAUCGGAACAGGCAAGGUUGCCACCCCUCAGCAGGCGCAGGAUGCGCACAAGGAGAUCAGGGGAUGGUUGGCGGCCAAUGUGUCCAAGGAGGUUGCCGACUCUACUCGUAUCUUGUACGGUGGAUCCGUCAGUGCGAAGAGCUCGCCCGAUCUGCAGAAGGAGCAGGACAUUGACGGGUUCCUUGUUGGUGGAGCUUCUUUGAAGGAUCAGGAGUUCUUGCAGAUCUUGAACAGCAGGUUGUAAAUUUAGCAUCGAAAAUACCAUCGUAUAUAGACCUGUAGCGUAGGUGGAAACGUUCUUUGUGUGUGGCAAGACCAGCAUCAUGUCAUUUCAAUCUCAUAACCCUAUGCACGUUGCUUUAUUCAAUGCCGCUUCAUCUAUUUCGUAUCUGAAUUUAAAGAGCUUUCGUGCCCUGUGCGCUGAGACUUGGG